AUGCGGUACAUGGCUUCAUCUGCCGGCAGCAUUUUGCUCAAAGCUCAGUCGUGCUCUCUCUUUUUAGGGAUGAAAGGCUGCUUGGCGAUCUUGACUGGUGUGGCUGUGUGUGCGGCUGCAACCAAAUACGAAGCUGAGGAUGCACUGCUCCAGGGGAGUGCUGUGGUGACCUCCUGCGCAGCCGCAUCCGGUGGACAGCAAGUCAAGGAUCUGGGCACAGAUGGCUCCGCCAGCGGAUCUGUGACUUUCAUGGUCACGGUGGCGACAGCUGGCUACUACCGAGUGCUGGUGAGGUACAUGUCGGCAGUGGACCGGUCCUCUGAGAUUGCAGUGAAUGGUGGUGCGCCGGCGAUGUAUAGCUUUGCCGUUUCUGGAAUUUGGUGCUAUGCCGGCGGGGUCACUGCAAGCAAGACAGUGGAACUGCUGUUAGCUGCCGGCACCAACAGCAUCAAGCUGAGCAACCCCUCGAACUGGGCGCCACUAGUUGACUUCAUCCAGGUCCCAACGACCCCUGCCGCCUUGCUCACCACGACGACAACCACCAGGCCGCAAGCAUCUUACGAGGCAGAAGAUGGCAGCUUAGCGGGCGCAGCCGUGGCGGUGAGUUGCAGCACAGCAUCCGGUGGCCAGAUGGUAAAUGGCCUGCAGCAUGGCUCUGCGAACUCGUUGCUGCUUACGGUCUCUGCUGCCAGCUCCGGCAUCCAUUACAUGACCGUGCACUAUUUCAGCAAGACUGAGCGGAAUCUGGUGGUCGCUGUGGACGGACGUGCCAGGACGAUCAAGAUGCCCCCAAGUGGCAAUUGGUGCUUUGAGGGUGGUGUCCCAAGCCAGUACUCCAUCAAUGUCAAGCUCGCCGCAGGCCUCAACAAGAUCAAGUUUGAAGCGCUCCCUGCAGAGAAGGCGCCGAUUAUAGAUGGCAUCCUGCUGGAAAUGAAAAACCCCAAGAAGGGCCUCAUUGUCGGUAAGGACGUCAGCUUAGAGGAUGCUUCCCACUUCGGGGAGUACGUCUCCUGGUACUAUCGCUAUGAUCCCACGGAGCCAAACGAGAUGCGUGACUGGGCCGCGCAGAACAACAUCGAGUAUGUGCCCAUGAUUGGUUACGGUGGGAUGACCUUGCUGAAUGGCACGAGGUGUACUUUGCUUGCCCGUGCCGUGGGUCCGGCUAGAAAUGUCUGCAGCUAUCAGGACGUUCUGAACACUGUGGCUUCGAACGACAUGAGCCGCGUAAAGUACAUCUUUGGCACCAACGAGCCUUGGAAUCCCAAUGAUGCCAACAUCACAGUUCCGGAGGGUGUGCACAUUUGGACGACCUACACACAGCCAGUGGCGCAACAGCUUGGGUUGAUGCUUUUGUCGCCGAACGUGGGCCGGAGCACCAGACAGUUGGAUUGGAUUGAAAAGUUUCUGAAGCUUUGCUUUGACACUGUGGGCUGCGAUGUGGACCUGAUCCGAGGGGUCAUGGUGCACGAGUACAAAUGCAAGGAGAGCUACUGGAUCAGCAACUACGAUGGCAACGGCUUCUUCUUCAAAGACUUGGGAAGCCGUAUGGGCCGCUAUGGAGGAAAGGAUUGGGCAUCUUGGCUUGAAGCGCAGGAGGUCUGGGUCACCGAGACGAACUGCUUUUGGGAGACCACGCAGCCGCACCCGAGCAACGUUCAGCAGUGCAAGGCAGUGACCAACCAGCGCACGUCCAGCCAUGGAAUCGGGUCGCUGCAGUGGAUGGAGAAGAGCAGCAGAAUCAAUCGCUACGCCUGGUGGACCACCGUGAACAAGAACCCUUCCAAGACCCAGCUCCUGGUGGACUACGCAACAAAAGAGUUGAACCCGACUGGCUUUGCAUACAUGAACCCUGUGUCCGCCACUUCUUGCUGA